GUCAGCACGAGGGCGGGGACGCACGAGCACCGCCACCACCAGGACGCCGCCGACGCCCCACCCGCCGACACCAUGGCGCUGUCCGAAGUGCUCGUCCAGGUCAAGUCCUGCUCGGGGGUCAUGAUGCUCACCUUCAUCAUGGGCAUGGGCAUCGGCUGGGCCUCGCCCGGCAUGGAGAAGAUGGAGGCGGACGAAGCGCCCUUCGGCAAGGCGGAGAUGUCCCAGAUCUCGCAGAUCGUGUCCAUCUUCGACAUCGGCGCCAUGCUGGGGUCGUGGACCAGCACGCUCGUGUUCACCGUGGCGGGCCGCAAGCAGACCAUCCUGGUGGGGCCGGUGGCGCUGACGCUGUGGGUGGUGUUCACGGCCAUCGGCACCUCGCCGGGCAUGCUGAUCGCGGCGCGUAUCCUGGCCGGCAUGAGCAUGGGCAUCGUGCUGUCCUUCGCCUUCAUCUACGCCGGCGAGGUGACCACGCCCAAGGUGCGCGGCCCGCUCAUCCUGGCCACCACACUGCUCAUGCCCACCGGCCAGCUGGUGGCCUUCCUGACCGGGCCGCAGGUCAACUGGCUCGCGCAGAGCGUGUACCCCGCGCCCUUCGUCGCCAUCCUGUUCCUCUGCAUCUUCUUCCUGAUGGAGGAGUCGCCGUUCUACUACGCCAGCAAGAACCGCCCCGACGACGUCGUCAAGUCCCUGCGCGCGCUGCGCCGCAACGCGACCGACCAGGAGAUCCGCAACGAGGCGGACACCAUCCUGGGCGCCAUCCGCCAGGAGCGCGAGGACGCCGUCACCAUCUGGCAGAUGUUCUCGCCGCCGGGCGCCAAGAAGGCGGCCCUCAUCGUGCUGGUGGAGUCCAGCUCGCUGGCCCUGCUCGGCGUCACCUGCGUGCUGGCCUACACCAACCAGAUCUUCACCAAGACCAACGGCACCAUCAUCUCCGCCACGCUGUCCGGCGUGCUCGUCAUCGUGUUCGAGAUCUUCGCCAUCUGCUUCGCCAUGUACCUGAUCGAGCGACUGGGCCGGCGCCUCCAGAUGUGCGUGGCCGCCUCCGUCACCUGCCUGUCCAUGACCGUCCUGGCCGUGUACUGCGGCCUCAUGGAGAUCGGCGGCCACGACAUGACCGCCUACAACUGGGUGCCGCUGGCCUGCCUGCUGGCCUUCAUCGUGGGCGUGGGCGGCGGCAUCAACACCAUCCCGCAGGUGCUGAUGAGCGAGCUGCUGGACCAGCGCGCCAAGGCCGUGGUGGCGCCCGUCUGCAUGACCAUCAUGGCGCUCACGUCGUUCGGCAUCAACUACGCCUUCCUGCCCGUCACCGCGUCCUACGGCACCUACGUGCCCUUCGCCUUCUUCGCCGCCACCAACUUCCUCAUCGGCCUGUUCACGCUGCUCGUGGUGCCCGAGACCAAGGGCAAGACCCUGGUGCAGGUGCAGGAGAUGCUGCGCGGACGGCGCAGCGAGAGCAAGGAGGUGUUGUAGAGCCUUUCGCCCGAGGGUGUGUGCACUAUCAAAGCUUGAGACCCGUCUGUUACGCUUGCUACGCUCUAUUGCGCCUAAAAAUUACCUGAAUUCAGCUGAGCAGCCCAAAACAACCAGAAAUGUACGUUUAGUUCGGGUAAUUUGGGCUUUGGCUACCCCGCUACUAUGACUUGUUCUAUUUCGGACAGUGACUCGACCAUAACUCGAGUGCAUUACCCCCUCGCCUUUGUCCGCCAAGAGGCCCUCGUUAUCAAACUUUCCUUCAACAAUGAUUGUCAUUUUCGUCCCGUCCAGAUGAUUCAUGCUAUGUGAAUUCCAGACCGUCAACUGUGUAUCUUCUUAUUUAUUAUGAUGAUUUUUUUUGUAAACCAAACAAGAGCAUUUCGUCAUGACAAAAACAAAAGUGAGGCUUCUGUGGGAUUUCAAAACCAGACAAAUUGUUGUUUGUUUGUAAAACAAUUAUUUUUAUUGUCCUAUUUUGUAUCUAUUGACUCAGUUGCUGACACACACGCCAACGGUUUUUUUUCUUUAUUUUUGGCAGUGUGUGCCAGUAAAAUUCACGACUCGUUGCGUGAAUAUUGUGCUGUGGUGUGACAUAUUGUCACUUGUAUAUAUUUAAAAUGUGUCUUUUGGGGUAUAGAGUAACGUUUUGUGAUCUUGAAUGUUUCCUGUGGUAGGUUUAAGAAAUAAGUUAGUAAAUUAUUGCUGAGUAGUCGUCUAACGUUCAAGUGGUUAUGACAGUGCGUAAAGCGGGGCUUCUGUCAAAUCCUGACUGUCCUCUGACAAGUGUAAAGAACAACCUCACUUUUAAGACUGAUUCGUCACUGUACAGUGCAAAAUGUAUCACUGCGCGAAUAAACACUUGAUCCAAAGUUA